AUGAGCAUACAGCCUCUAGGUUAUUACAUGAGCAUACAGCCGCUAGGUUAUUACAUGAGCAUACAGCCUCUAGGUUAUUACAUGAGCAUACAGCCUCUAGGUUAUUACAUGAGCAUACAGCCGCUAGGUUAUUACAUGAGCAUACAGCCGCUAGGUUAUUACAUGAGCAUACAGCCGCUAGGUUAUUACAUGAGCAUACAGCCUCUAGGUUAUUACAUGAGCAUACAGCCUCUAGGUUAUUACAUGAGCAUACAGCCUCUAGGUUAUUACAUGAGCAUACAGCCGCUAGGUUAUUACAUGAGCAUACAGCCUCUAGGUUAUUACAUGAGCAUACAGCCUCUAGGUUAUUACAUGAGCAUACAGCCGCUAGGUUAUUACAUGAGCAUACAGCCUCUAGGUUAUUACAUGAGCAUGUGUCGUACAAAACACAUGAAAUGGAAACUACUAUAA